AUGUCCGACCCGACUGAUCACCAUGAUAUUCUAAUCCUGGGCGCUGGCCUUUCUGGUAUCAACGCCGCCCAUGUCCUCAACGAAAAACUUCCCAAUCGAUCGUACACGAUCCUCGAGGCACGAGAAGCCAUUGGCGGGACAUGGCGCUUCUUUCGAUACCCAGGUUUCCGAUCCGACUCUUUCAUGACUUCAUUCGGUCUACCAUGGCAUCCCUGGAGACAUGAGCACAAGAUGGCCCAAGCUGGAGAGAUCAUUGAGUAUCUCGAGGAGGCCGUAGAUGCAGCUGGUAUAAGACAAAAGAUUCGGUUCAAUCAUAAAAUGACGGGAUGUGAAUGGCGAACCGACGAGCAAAACUGGAGACUAGAGAUCGAGGCGGAUGGCCAGCGCAAGACAUACAUCGCCAACUUUGUUAUCAGCUGUGUGGGGUAUUAUUCAUACGACAAGGCCUUUGAGACGACAAUUCCUGGUAUAGAGGACUUUGGAGGCAAGGUCGUACAUCCUCAAUGGUGGCCCGAAGACCUUGACUACUCAGACAAACGUGUUAUUGUCAUCGGAUCAGGGGCAACAGCAAUUACAGUUGUUCCAUCACUCGCCGAAAAAGCAAGUAUGGUGACCAUGCUCCAACGCAGUCCUUCCUUCGUCAUCUCUCGGCCUGUAACCUCCAAUCUCGACUUCUAUCUUCGCAUGCUUCUUCCUUGGUCAUGGGCAUACUGGCUCAUUUACUGGAAAGAUGUUCUGAUGGAGCUUAUUAGCACCCAAAUACUCCUCCAAUUUCCCAAGAUCGGCCGCAAGCUUCUCAUGGGGGAGUUGCAGCGGGAGUUGCCAAAAGACGUUGACGUCAAUGUCCACUUCAACCCGGCCUACAACCCUUUCGAACAGAGAUUGUGUAUGUGUCCCGAAGGAGACUUCUUCAAGGCACUGCAUAGAAACAAUUGUGAGAUUGUUACAGACACUAUCCAGACGGUCACAAAGAACGGCAUUCUUCUCAAAUCUGGCCGCAAGCUUGAAACCGACAUCAUCGUCACUGCAACAGGCUUACACUUUCAGCUUUUCGGUGGCAUUGCCCCAAAGGUAGACGGUCAGGCUCUUGACGUCGGCUCACACUAUACCUGGCGUGGCUGCAUGGUUGAUUCCCUUCCCAACAUGGGUUUCGUGAUGGGCUAUGUGACUACUUCGUGGACACCCGGUGCUGUUCUCAUGGCCAAACUCUUAACACAAGUCAUCAAAGAAAUGGAAAAGACGGGAUCGAAGAGUGUCAUGCCUGUACUCGACGCAAAGGACAGACUCAAACCAGCGGCAUUGCCCGUUAAUGCCACAAGUAGCUACUUUGUCAAGGCCGCAGCGCGCAUGCCAAAGGUUACUAACGAAGGCCCGUGGUACGGACGAGUGAGUUUGGCUAAAGAUUGGUGUGCGUAUAUGUUUGGCGAUGUUACCACCGGGCUUCUCUACAGCGGAGGAAGAAGGAAGAAGGAUAUUUGA